GUCCAGGGCUUCGGAUGUUGACGGAGCUGAGAGGAUAAGCGGGCGGCGCUGCUGCAGUUUGAGGAAGUUUGAGACGCUUGAGUCACAGUUUACUAGCGCUCGUCAUUGUCUGACAGUCAAAACAGUCGCUGCGCUUCAAAACCGGAUCGGACUAACGGGAAAAAUCCUCCGCUCGGGACCGCCGCGACAAACCACGCUGCACAAUGGGAGCAUCCUCAUCCAGUCUGUUGGACGAGAGUAAAAUAAGCUACAUACGAGGCCGGACAGAGGCUGAGCUGAAGAACUUUAGUCCUCAUUACAGAAGGCAAAGCUGUGUCGCCUUCUUUUGCCAUCUGAAGGAUGAGGUAGAGCAGCACAGAGCAGGACAGGCCCAGCUCCUCAAACAGAAGGAGUCACCGCAGGCCUCAGAGGUCCUGUACAAGGAUAGCAUGUUGUACUUCGAUGACAACAGAAAGUGGAAAGAGAGAUUUGUCGUGGUCCGUGCCGACCAUAGCCUGGAGCUACACGAUAGCCAGGAGUCAUAUACAAAGGGAACCCCAGCCCGGAACAAACUCCUGCCAACAGGGGGCACAGUGUUGACCUCAGAGGAGAAAUACACUGCUGUCGUAGACAAGGCCUUCCCUGAUCCCAAUAGUUCCAAGGAAGAGCCCUCCGCUCCUAUGGUGGCGGUUCCCGGUCCGCUUCCUGUGUACCUGAGACUGCCUUACAGACGAGACUCGUACUUCUGUUUCCAGCAGGAGGAGAAGAGGGCUCGCUUCGUCUCGAUCCUGAACGACUGCAUUCGGCAUCAGAACCAAGAUUAUCUGAAGAGUAUGGAAUGUGAGGUGCAGGCUUUCCUAAAGGCCAUUCACUUCUACAGGCAGGAGAAGGGACACUAUGAAUCAUGGGAUAUGCUGGUGGGCACUGACUGUCAGGUGCUGGCUAACCUGGUGAUGGAGGAGCUGCUGCCCUCACUGCAGACAGAGCUGUUGCCCAAGCUGAAGGGAAAGAAGCCGGAGAGGAAGAGAGUGUGGUUUGUGACAGUGGAAGCAGCAUUCGAGCUUGUGCAUGAACAACUGCGAGAAGGACUGGAGAGUUUGAAAAAUGAGUGCAGAGAAGCCACCAAACAGCAGGAAGCGCUCAUCCGCUCAGAUAUGGACCAGAUCAUCAACUCACAAACAUUCCUGGAAACUAAACUGCAAGCUCUAGUAUCAGAGCCAGCCGUGAAAUACUGCUCGGAGAGCGUGGCUCCAUACCUGACCUCCAUCCUGGAGGAGCUGAUGGGUCCGGUCAGCGCAGGCUUCCAGGCCGUGAGGCUGCUGCUGGAGGACGAACUGACCCGACUCUGCAAGGAUUUCCCUCAGGGGGGAGUCACAGAGGAACUUCAGAGCGCUUUGCAGCAGGUGGGUCGUGACCGGAUGGAGGACUGUUACCAGCAUGUGAACGUCCUGAAGGAACAGCUCCAGGAACUUCGCAACCGCUUCAAGUUCUCCAACUCCACACGAGUGGUUCACGGCACCCAGAGUCAAAUGCAGCAGUUGAUGGAGAAUGCCGUGUACACAUUUGAGCUCCUGCUUCAGUCUGCAUUAAAGGAAAAACCUGACAAACAGGCCUCAGUCAUGGAGAAAGCCAAGCUGCGUGUCCUCAAGCAAUUUGACUAUGACAGCAGCACAGUAAGGAAGAAGAUUUUCCAGGAAACCCUGGUUGACAUCACUCUGCCAGCCAUCAAGAGAAACCUGGCGCCCGUCUGCAAAACUGAGCUUCAGAAUUUUGAACAGUUCGUCUUUGCUGAUUACACAAACUUUGUUCAAGUGGAGAAUGUCUACGAGAACAUACUGCUCAACCUUUUGAAUAAUGAAGUUAACAAAGUGGUAAAGGAGGCAGCCAGUCUGAAGAAGAACAACCUGUUUGCUGACAGUACUGACCUGCAAUGUGUUAGUCAAAGCAGUCUGGCUGACAGCCGCACGCCGCCCCUCUCGGCCCCCUCCAGCCCAGUCCCAGUCUCUCAACAAGCAGAGCAGAAGAUCACCUCUCCAUCCAGAGGAUCCGUCAGUGAACUGACGCGCGAUGCUACAGUCAUUCCUACAGUGAAGAUUACACCAUCUUCUCCAGAACCUACAUCACCUUUAAAUGUUCCUGAAACAACUCAACCAGCAUUACCUGAUGAUUCAUCACCCAUUCCAGAGAUCUCAGUGACUGAAGUGUCCUCAACCAAACCAGAAACCAUCUCAUCUGCAGAAGAUUCAUCUUCACAACCAGAGACGCCGCCUUCUAAAGCAAAGGAUGAAGUUACAGAAGGAUCCUCUGUCAGUACAGACCGAGCAGUCUAUCUCAGCUCAACAGCUGAAGAAACUCCUGUUAUCGCGUCUGAAACCCUAAAUGUGAAAGCGGAUGAAGAAAGUGAAAGUCUAAGUCCUCCUAUCAAAGAGGAAUCUGUACAUAUCGUCCAACCUGAAGUCCUCCCAGACUUACGUGUUGAAGACAGUGCAGUGGGUGCCAGUGUUUGUGAUGAGCACGUUGUUGAGGAUAUCAAGGCAUGUGAGGCAGUGCCGUCUAGUGAUGAAGCACAAAACAGUCCGGCUGUUGAUGGUUGUCCUCCUCUGGACCCGGUUCCUGAGGGUCUGGUAGAGGGCGCUGUUGCUUUAACAUCAGAUCCGGAGAACGAGCCGGAUCCCCAGGAAGAGAGCGCCGACAGUGUGCAGGGUAUCAGAGAUCUCAUCAUGGAGGUCAUCGAGAUCGAGGAUGUAGUGAGACCUUGUGCUGAAAACCAGCCUUAAAACGGUUUGAAUGAUGUUCUGAUGCCUUUUUAUCAACUAUUCAGUGCUAACAAAACCAACUAAAGUGUUGCCAUUUAUUUUCAGUUUUUUUAGUCAUCAUUUUUCACAUCAAUUUUCUGUUUUCAGUAGUAAUCUAUAUAUUGACAUAUGAUUGUUAUGAAUUUUUACAAAAUAAUUUGACUUGCAUAGAAACCAAGCGCCUAUGUAAACAGAAUCCAUUUUGUAACACUUUAUAUCUUAUAACAUAUUAACAAAAACUAUAUACAUACACACACACACACACACACACACACACACACACACACAUAUAUAUAUAUAUAUAUAUAUAUAUAUAUAUAUAUAUAUAUAUAUAUAUACUUGCAGUUUUUUUCAAUACUUAAUUUUAAUGUUGAAACGUUUUUUUAAAUGUGAAAAUAAAAAUAGAAACUCUACAUUUUUAGAUUGGUACAUAAAUGUUGGUGGUUUUGGUGGACUGACUAAUUUAUUCAUGUGUUGUGCAGACGACGUAUUAUUUUUAGUAAAUGACAGGAGAUUAUGCUGAUCACUAAACUAUUAUUUUGUACCACGCUGUAGAUUUUCUGACAAUGAGACACAGUGACUUUGUACAUAUGAUUAUCACAGUAAGAGUCUGUUAAAUAAAUUUCCACAAAACGGA